GAAGUUGACAGACAGCCCACUGCGGUGAGAACAGACGUAACAAGGGAUCUUUAAACCCGCACAAAACCUGGAAAAACAAAACAUUUGGAAUUAAUUGUAUCUGAAAUACUUUAUUGGGAGCACAGAAGGAAGUAGCAGAGGUCCUUUUCUAUUUUUGAAUUGCUCUUCACGCCGUGCUAUCAUUAUGGACCCCUCAUCAGUCCUCUGUCCGCUAAGUCAGAACAGAAUCCGUCGUGACAUCAUGAGAUCAAUGAAUGAACAUAACAAAAUACCAGCGCACCCAAAGCCUUCCAAACAGUUCUCCACACCUCACCUUUCCAACCAGAAUAUUGAGAUCCAGGAUCCAGGAAUCUCAGAAACGGGUAGGAAGGCACCUGUGCAACCAGGUGUCAGUAGGCUUCCAGUGCUUGCAAGGUCCCUGCGUUUCCAGACCCCGUCCGACUUCAGUCAAUCUCACUGUAGGUGGGAGGAGAAACUUCUGUCUGGGAAAACUAAGAAUAAAAGGCCAUGCACCAGGCCUAUACCUUUCAACCUGUCUCAGCCCAAGAAAUCAAGAGUGGCCACUGAAAAUCAUCAACCCCUCUCUGUUUCUCAAUCAAGGACCGGCACUCAUGCUGUCCAACCUGAUAACAAUGUAUGCAAUGCUCGUAUAAAAACCCAAAACAUUAAUGCAAAACCUAUAAAACCGCCAGCUACGUUAAACCGCAAUGUGGACUCAACUACAGGGACAUCUAAUGAAAAGGUUCGAGAAAAUACACACAGACAGAUUUCAGGACAAUUUGGGCCUUCCAACACAUUUAAGACUUCAGCCAUUUCAGACAACCCUUUAUCACACAUUCCCAAUAACGCUAUGCAUCCGACCAGCGCUGCUCCUUCUGCACAGCCUGCCUUUACUGCAGAGGCCUGUUUGGAUAACAUGAGCCUGCUUAGUCUCAACGAUCCAGCCAAGACAUCCCAUGCUAGCCAAAACAUGCAGCUGACCACAGAGGGCAGUUUUUCCAAAGGUUCAACCGUAAACAGUGUUUCAGACAAAGGGGAGAACUUCCAGUCUGACCAUGCAGCUUUGCUCAGUAUCCUUCGGAACGAAGGAGUAAGAGUCACAGAUGUGGGAUGUGCAACUCCACAGUCUAACUCCUACAACUACCUGCCCAAGCGAGUGUCUGUCAUGAAGAGUCGACAAAAAGCCGGACCCACUACGGGAUCAAUAAGGUUGGUGCAGUUCUCCCCAGACCCUGCUGCGCUGCAAAGUAUCCUGCAGAACGAGGGAGUGAAGGGAGGAGGGCCUGCUGGCUCCACACCCCGAAACUCCACCUGUCCACCAGGCAGAGGCACUUCAAUCUACACAGCUCAGAGAGUGCCGCUCAGAAAGAAUCGUGCAGAAGCGUUCGCAGGACCACCAGCAAUAGCGGUCAAAGUGACUCCACUGAAGACGUGGACUCCGCAGAGGGUCCGCGACACCAGGCAUCAGCCCAUGUCUGCUCUGAAAUGGCAUCAGUCGACACAAAAGUCACCGUACUGCACUCCUGGGCUACGGAGCUGUAAGGCCAACCUUCAGCCGCACCAGGAGCAGGAGAUUGUCCAGAGAUUGUUCGACGAUCUAGAGGACGAGCAAAGCACACGUGUGACAGACAAAGAUCCUGAGACGCCAGCAGAGCGGCUCCUAGUUCAACACACAACUACUAAAUCCCACUGUGAAGAAAAGGUAGAGGAGAGCAGGGUCGGUGACAACGAGGUUGAGGAGGAUCAGCAGAGCAUUGUGGGAGGACAGCCGUUCUUCCAGGCACCGCAAAGAGAGUCUGUCAUUUUUUUCUCAACGGGCAAAACGCUGUUAAGAGCUCCGCGCUUUAAGAAGCAGGAAGACUCAGCCCGUCACGAGCAGCAUGGCCCGGUGCUGCAAGCGGAGAAAGAGGUGUCGCCGGUGUCAGUGCUACCCUACCUCGUUGUUCAGAAGACGUGUGCUCUGAGUCCUGCCGUGGCGAUGCUGCGUAAGCGUUUGCCUCCUCUGGAGGAGCUUCUUUUGGACGAGGAGGUGGCCUGCUACAUCUCAGCGUCUGUCCCGGCUGCUCCCGGUUUUCUCCCUCCUCGGCCCCGCUGUGGAAACCCGCUGGCCUCCAUUUUGCACUCCGAAGAGGCCUCUACAUUUGUUCCGAUUGGUUUCGAUCCCUCGUCCGGCUGUUGUUCUCCACAAAGCUCUCCGCUGUGGGAGAGGUGACUUUGCACUAAUAAGUACAGUAUUUGUAUUACAGUUCAUAUCUAGAGUGGAUACGUUCACUCUGGUAUACUGAUGACACUCUUUUAAUGAAACUUUUUUAGUUUGUCCAACACUGUUAGCUGCUUGUAUAGGCUUUUUGUCUCAUGGAUGCUUUUUGAAAGAAUACAUAUAUAAUGCGGCUUUUACACUGCAGGUAUUCAUGUAAACGAAGUCGAUGCACACUUAUUAGAAACAAUGUUUAUUAAAUGUAUUUUUUUUUUAAGUUGGAAAAACAAACGUCUUAAAAGGUCAAUGAAGACUGAACUUAACCAGCGUUAUGGCUUUAGUAUACAUCUGGAUUAGGAUGACUCCCCAGAAUCUUCUUGUGUGAAUUGAAAAUGAUUGAUGUU